AUGGCAAGUUCUGGUUACGCCUACAGCAGCGUCUCGACUUACAGUACCACCCGAACUGGGUCGCCUGACGCUGCUGUUAUGAAACCAUUCGCUCCUUUCGUUCCCAAAAGUAAUGGUAGUUACUCCUCAGAGGGUGCUGUUACCAAAAAAAUAAUAGUACCAGUCACUAGCAGGCCUUAUGAUCAACCUGCGGCAGAGAAAUAUGCCUCUUCGGGAGACGAACCUGAUGAUGAAUUGCAUCAUCAAAGCAAUUAUAAACAAGGACGCAAACCAAUUGGAACAGGUAGCAUAAGGAGUGCGAGUCGUGAUGGUUAUACCAAAGGAUAUGGUGGUGACAAAGAAGGACGCAGGCCACUUGAAAGUAACAUUAAGAAUGGCAACUAUGAAUAUGAUAGUCCUAAUAGGUAUGGCGGUGACCGUGGUGAUCGUGGUGACCGCGGAGCACCAGUCAUAAGAGGAGGUAACAUUCAGAAGGGUUACUAUGAUAAUUCUAAUGGGUAUGGCGGUGACUACAAAGAAGGGCACAAACCUAUUGGAGGAGGUAACAUUCAGAAGGGUUACUAUGAUAGCCCUAAUGGAUAUGGUGGUGACUACAAAGAAGGGCACAAACCUAUUGGAGGAGGUAACAUUCAGAAGGGUUACUAUGAUAGCCCUAAUGGAUAUGGUGGUGACUACAAAGAAGGGCAUAAAUCUAUUGGAAGAGGUAGCAUUCAGAAGGGUUACUAUGAUAGCUCUAAUGGAUAUGGUGGUGACUACAAAGAAGAGCACAAACCUAUUGGAGGAGGUAACAUUCAGAAGGGUUACUAUAAUAGUCCUAAUGGAUAUGGAAACUAUGGUAACAAUUAUGGUAACAGGCCAAAAAUAAGUUCAGAUUGGAGUGAAGCACCGAGAAAAGGGAUCCAACUAAGCGAGCCAACGCACGAUAUUGACAAAGCUAUGGAAGUAUUGAGGAUCGAAGCUGCAAAACGCAAUCACCACUACGAAAGCAACAAUGAUCAUCAUCACUACUACGAUAGUCCAGGUCCAACCGCUAAGGACAAUUGGGGUGCGUCAGCAUCAGCUAAUGGUUCUCCUCGCUUUGCUGACAGAACGGGUUCUGCAGGUAUCAUGAGGCCUCAUGGAAAUGUUAACCAGCCUCAAUCACGACAACGCAGUUCACCAAUACAUGUCACAUUCGUUGAUGAUGGUAGAGAUUAUGGCGAUGAUGAUUAUCAGAGGAAGGGUGAUAUAGGGCGUUAUGGAGACCGUGGUGCAGUGAUGGACAGUAGGGAGGCUGAGAGGAAGUUUAAAGGCACCAGAAUUUGA